CUCCUCCUCUUUAUUUGUGCUGCAUGCUGUGUUGUAUACCUAAUGGAGAUACUUGAUGGACUAAUUACUGAUUUUAAUUAGUUUUAAUCAUGCAUUUCAAACCAGGAUCUAAGAUUCUCAUUUGUCUGUCCGUCUUUUUUCUACAGUAUUUUAAUUUCGUAUCUUCGACUAAUCAGAAUUGUCCUCUGUACUGGACGGCCUAUGGUAAUGUUUGUUACCGAUUUCGAUGGGUGAAUCUCAAGAGUUGGGUGGAGGCAAAAACAUGGUGUGCAGCACAAGGAGGAGACCUGUUAAAGCUGGAAAAUGCUGCAGAAAAAACGUACAUUACAAAUGCCAUCCGCAACCUCAGACAGCACAACCAUUUGAGCACCAGCCUGAAAUGGUGGACCGGGAUGAACAACAAGAACCCCAAAUCGCAGGCCUGGGUGUGGGGGGACAACUCUCCGGUAGCACCUGUCAUCAUAAGCUCCGCCCACCUCCACCAGUCUACGACGGACCACUGCGUGUACGCCAGCGAGACAGAACUAAGGAACCUUCAGUGCUGGCAGAAGGCGGCCUACAUUUGUGAGAGACCUAGAGGAACCCCUCUCACUUGUGAUGCAACCUCUGGAUGGCAGCAAUUCAACAACUUUUGCUAUCAGGUCCACCCAACAAAUCCUCAGACAUGGGCAGGAGCAGUACAAGUGUGUUCCAGGAACGGUGGGGAUUUGGUGGAGAUUGACAACAACCAGGACCAGACCGUGAUUCACGACUUCGCGCGGAAUACUCACAAACCAUUGUGGACCGCCCUACAUAGUGUACAGAAGGGUACCACCAACUCGUGGCAGUGGCUGAAUGGGACCGUACUCUCCACCAACCCCAGUCUGCAGUAUUGGGCGAAUGGUCAUCCCCCAGUCCUCAGGAGUAAUGCAAUGAACAAUACCUGUGUCUGGAUGAACAAUAAUCAGCCAGAUUAUCACAAAUCCUGGUCCACCGACAACUGUAACGUCAGGAAGGGCUAUGUCUGCAAGAGACCUGAAGGAGUGUGUAUGCCGGGCUGGGUACCCCAUCAGAAACUCUGUUUCCUGUUCAACAUCCGGUUCAAGUAUAACUGGUUCCAGGCCAACAACUUCUGCAGAGCCUCCGGAGGAAAUCUGGUCUCAAUAUAUGGGAGUACCUUCACCAAUUUCGUGAAUUCAUACCUGGACGAGUUACAAACUGCAGGGAUUGACUCUUUUUGGAUUGGUCUCACAGACAACAACAGAACUGGUCCAUGGAUGUGGACGAAUGGUGGGAAUAUCGCCCACUACCAGCACUGGCCGGGGAACCACGCCGCCACCAACACACCCAACCGACAGGACUGCUCCUUCAUCAACACAGCUGAUGGCAAUGGAUAUUGGAGAACCACCACAAACUGUGUGGCCCAGAAGGCGUUUGUAUGUCAGAUUCCGAUGGGGAAACAGGUCAAGCCUGUGACCACCCCUAGACCCCAGUUCAAAUGUGACGGGCACUGGGUACUCUUCAAUGGAAACUGUUACCAGUUUAACGACACCAAACUAACCUGGCUAAAUGCUCGCACGACCUGCCAGGGGAUGGGAGCAGACCUCGUCACCAUCAACUCGGCCAACGUACAGUCCUUUGUCCAAAGGCAGUCGCAUGGUAACGAGUACUGGAUUGGACUAAACGACAGAACACGGGAAAGAUCCUGGCAAUGGCUCGAUGGAAACACGGGAAGUAAAUACUACAACUGGAAUGCCCAUGAACCCAACAACCUGGGGACAGAGAACUGUGUGGAAAUGAACUUCAUGAACCACGCCGGCAAGUGGAACGACCGCCGCUGCUCCACGCUUGUCCGCUUCAUCUGUCAGAAACCCGCCAGUAAUGCCCAGCUACCUGUUACUGUUUCAACAACACCAGCCAUGCCGAUCAGCGCCCGCUGUGGCCUGAACUGGGAGGAAGAUCCAAACUCCAACAACUGCUACCAGUUCUUUGACAAACAGCUGGACUGGAGUGACGCCAGGGAAAUCUGUCAGAGUAAUGGCGGAGAUCUGGCCAGCAUCGAGUCCCAACAAGAGCAGUACUAUGUGUCUGCAAAAAUCCGCAAUUUGAAUUCUGUGGCAAUGUGGAUUGGGAUUAACGACCGUGGGACAGAGAACAGAUUUAUGUGGACGGAUGGUUCACCUGUCGCAUAUCUACACUGGGGAAAUGGCGAGCCUAACAACUACCGACAUAACGAGGACUGUGGCGCCAUCUUUACGACCACGUCCUACUGGAACGAUUACCCCUGCGCUAAUAGGAACGGCUUCAUCUGUAAAAAACAAUCAAAUCAGCGAACCACGACCACUCCUCCCCCUCCGGUGGUCACCAAGGCAGGCUACGUGAUGGGCUGCAGCGCCCCCUACAAACCAUUCCAGGGCAACUGCUUUGCCCUGUUUCGCGGGCGGCUGAACUGGGCCACUGCCAAGACCCGCUGUCACUACCAGGGGGCUAACCUAGCAACCAUCAACAAUCGGGAGGAACAAAACUUUGUCAUGACUCUCAUACCAAAAACUGGCUAUGGAUACUGGAUUGGACUGAACGAUUUGGCCAACGAGAUGACGUUCUUCUGGUCCGACGGCAGUCCAGUGGUGUACACAGACUGGGCGGCCGGAGAACCCAACAACUACGGCAGACGUCAGGAGGACUGUGUACUGGUGCUCCGAACGAAUGGUCAGUGGAAUGAUGCUAUCUGCCAGAACCCUGCCGACGGAUUCAUCUGUAAGAAACCAAUGACCUUGAUGUCUGCCACGCCGGCCCCUGAGGUCGUGGGCUGUACCUAUCCAUCGUAUGGGUAUGGUAGCUUCUGCUACAGAUUCAUCUACCAAUCAAAAACAUGGAAGGAUGCUCAGACAACAUGUGUCAAUGCUUUCCAUGGAUCAUUGGCUGCCAUUAAUGACAGGUUCACUGAGGCUUUCCUGUCGGCGUACAUGUCCUACCAGACGGACAACUACUGGAUCGGACUGUCUGACACCCAGACCCAGGGCACCUACCGCUGGAUCAGCGGAGUUCCAGUCACAUACAGCAACUGGAUUGCUGCCCACACUGGAAAUGAGGUGGGAACCUGUGUUAGUCUGACCCACACCCACCCCAAGGGUCUGUGGCAGAACCUGAACUGUACAGAGCAGCACCACUUUGUGUGUCAGUACCCCCGGCAGGGCUACACCACCCCCCAGAUCACCACCGCUGCUGCCAGCCUGCCCUGUCCCCCCUCCUACAGUGGCAACCAGUCCUACUGCUAUAAGGCAGUGGCUCUGACAGACUCCAGUCAAUGGCUGUCCUUUGAUGCCGCUAGGGACUAUUGUCGUGGGGUUGGGGGUGACUUGGUCAGCAUUCACAGCGCCGGAGAGAACUCAUUUGUUCAGAAUCUUGUAAGGUCAUCUCCUGUCAGUAUCUGGAUUGGAUUAAAUGACAAAGCUGUAGAGAGAGGACACCGAUGGACGGACUCCAGUCCCACUGACUACACCAACUGGAACCGUGGCGAGCCGAACGAUGCGGGGGGGAUAGAAGACUGUGUCUCCAUGAUCAGCAACGGCAAGUGGAACGACAUCAACUGCUUCUUCAGCAAACCUUUCAUCUGUAAAGUCCAGAGAGGGGUCCCUCUGUCCACAACACCUGUGAUUCCCACCGCUUCCUCCUCUAAUGCCUGCGGUACAGGAUGGGUCCUCUAUAACCAGUUCUGUUACUACCUCGGUAAUGGCUCUUCCCUGAUGACAUGGUUUGAUGCACGGUCCACAUGUAACCAGAUGGGGGCAGAACUGGCCAGCGUACACAGUCGGGACGAGGAUAACUUCCUAGUGGGACAGUACACAAGACAGAAGGGGAGGACCGAUUUCUGGAUAGGACUAAACGACAUUGAGUACAACAACAAGUUUGUAUGGACUGACGGUAGUGUCCUGGAUUUUAUUAGCUGGGGAACCAACGAACCGAAUGACGCUUUUGCGGGAGAGAACUGUGUCACCAUGCCAUACUGGUCUGCAGGAAAUUGGAACGAUGAUAACUGUAACAUGCGUAAAAACUUCAUCUGUAAGCGACCAUUGUCAGGAAGUACAAAGCCGAUCAACCAAGGAACCACAAAGUUCAUUCCAGCUGGCUGUCCCAACCGGAACUUUAAACCCGUACCAUACACGAAUCGGUGUUACUUCAUUGUCCACAGUAAAGUCAAUUGGACAUCGGCAGCCAGUGCCUGUAAAACAGCCUACCCCGGGGCCUCCCUAGCAACCAUCAGUAACAUCCACGAGCAGGAGUUUCUGACAUCCAUGCUGAUUAAUGAGGACCCGAAACUGACACUCUGGAUCGGACUCAAUGACCAGCGACAAUCACGGAGGUUUACAUGGGCAGACAACUCUCCCCUUACAUACACCAACUGGUUCCAAGGGGAACCAAACAACUCUCCUGAUGGCUCCCACAUGCGCUAUAACUCCGAGCGUUGUGUCGAAAUGUACGCCUCCAGGAAUGGGGCCGGCCAGUGGAAUGACAAGCAGUGCGGUGCUCUACGUAACUUUGUUUGUCAACAGCAUCGAAAGGCUGGUGCACCUCUCACCUCCAAUGAAGGCGCAUGUCCGGAUGGAUAUAUAGCAUAUGGGCCAAGUUGUUACCGCUAUUUUCCACCGAAUGCCGCGGCACCAUCGUGGUCGACAGCUCAGCAAGUGUGUAAGGAUAACAGCGCUCAGCUGGUGGAGAUUAGCAGCGUGUACGAGGACGGGUUUGUGCAGGCUUUGGUGGCGGACUCGGCUCCUAACGGCUACUGGAUCGGACUCGCCGACACCACUUCCUCUGGAACAUAUACCUGGAGCCAAGCUGGUUGGUCUGUGACCUACACUAACUGGGGGGCAGGAGAGCCUACCAAGGGGACGGGUGAAGGGUGUGUGGCCAUCACCAACAACCAAUGGAACGAUACGCUAUGUAACCAACAGCUCGGAUUUGUCUGUCAGAUCAAUCAUAACACGCCCCCUCCAACCCCUCUCCCGUCCUUGGUGAGCUGUGAUGGAUCCGCCCCUAUAGGUAUAGGACUCAGCUGUUACUAUAUAUCGGGCCUGGACACAAAGACGUGGCCAGAAGCCAGCUAUGUGUGUGAAAAGAAGGGAAUGGAGCUGGCAAGCUUCCACUCAAUGGCAGAAAUGAACGUCAUCAUCCAAAAAUUCCAGAACUAUCAACCUCAGCCAGGAGAGCAGGCACCAAGGUUCCCGGAAAACAUCUGGAUCGGAAUGACUAAAGGGUUCUCAGAUGGAUUUUCUUGGCGUGACGGCUCUCCUGUGAACUUCCUGAACUGGAACAAAGGGGAACCGUCGGACGCGAUGAGCUCCUCCCAGGAAGAGUGCGUGGAGAUGUACACUGACAGCGGCAAGUGGAACGACGUCACAUGCUUCACGAAGCGCCGAUACGUCUGCAAGAAAACUGCUCAGAAGAGUACUACUCCGUUCGUCAUCACAUCAGGACUGCCCAAUUCAGGAUUACCUACAACACCUUUCAUUGUGAACCCUCCCCCACUUGGAACCACCCCUGUCCCCACUGGUCGUGCCACCCCCAGUAAACAGACACUACCUGUCAUCACUCAGCCCCAGGGCACAGGUUAUGGCAACCCAGUAGCUCAACGGCAAGCUCCAUCCUCAAAUAAUGGGCUAUCUACCGGAGGCCUGGUCGGAAUACUGAUUGCUGUCAUUGUCAUUCUGGCACUGUUUGCCUUUGGCGUCAUAUUCCUGAAACAACGACAGGCUCCCCCACCGAGUUCUGGGGCUGGAGGAUUUGAGAACGCCAUGUACUCUUCAGCAGAGGGCGCUGUUAACAUUAAAAACAGUGGGAACGUGAAUAGAGGGUAUGGUGGGAUGAACGAAGACGAUGCCUGAUGAUUCUUAGAGAAUCAGAGGCAGUGAGAGGGACAGUGGAAAAUUUCCAUAGAAACAAUUAUUUUCAGUGUUUAUUCAUGUCAAAAUUCUUAAUUCAUGACAAAAACACUAAAGUUCAUCCUAUGAAUUUUUCUGUGGAGUUGAUUUUUCAUACAGUGAUUCAGACUGUACAUUUGUUAACAGUACAUAGAACUGCGACAGUUUUACCCUUUCUUUAUUAACAUGUUCACAAAGUACAAUUGUUGGUGCAAUAAUUUGUCAUUCAUUAUUUUUUUAAUAUGCAUAUUUACAUUUCAUUAGUUACAGUAUAUAUAUUAGACAGUUUGUGAUAUAAUUUUUAUGAUAUUGAUCAUCAAUGUUUAUAUCGAGUCAGUAUUCCUGUUUUAUGUAAAUACUUUUGUAAAUAAUAAAGAUGUUUAAUAGUGACAAUUGGGUGUUGAAUGUUUAUCUAAA